AUGAAGUGGCUCGUCCUGGCCCUGGUGUGUCUCCAGCUCUCAGAGGGCCUGGUGAGAAUCAAACUGAAGAAAGCCAAGUCUAUACGGGAGAAUAUGAGGGAGGCUGGAGUGCUGGAGGACUACCUGAAGAAAAUUAAACAUGAUCCAGCUAAGAAAUACCACUUCAGUGAGGACUAUGUUGUGCAGGAGCCGAUAACCAACUACCUGGAUUCCUUCUACUUUGGGGAGAUCAGCAUCGGGACCCCCCCGCAAAACUUCUUGGUGGUCUUCGACACCGGUUCCUCCAACCUGUGGGUGCCCUCCACCUACUGCCGCAUGCCAGCCUGCUUCGAUCACUCGAUGUUCAAUCCCAGCCAGUCUUCCACCUUCACCUACAACGGCCAGUCCUACACCAUCUCCUACGGCAGCGGGUCGCUCACGGUGGUGCUGGGCUACGACACGCUGAAGGUAAGUGCCAUCACUGUCAAAAACCAGGAGUUUGGGCUCAGCACGAGCGAGCCAAACCAGCCUUUUGAAUAUGCCAAUUUUGAUGGCAUCCUGGGAAUGGCCUACCCCUCGCUGGCAGUGGGAGGGACGCCCACCGUGCUGCAGGGCAUGCUGCAGCAGAACCAGCUCACCGAGCCCAUCUUCAGCUUCUACUUCUCUCGCAAACCCACCUACGAGUACGGGGGAGAGCUCAUUCUCGGAGGAGUUGACUCUCAGCUCUUCCGUGGGAACAUUGUGUGGGCACCGGUGACCCAGGACCUUUACUGGCAGAUCGCAAUUGAUGAGUUUGCUAUCGGGCACUUCCUUCAGGCCCUGGGUGGCCAGGUGACCAGCUAUGGGUAUGAAGUUGACUGCAAUGAGGUCCAGAACAUGCCCCCCAUCACCUUUGUCAUCAGCGGAACUCAGCUCCCGCUCUCCCCCUCACAGAACAACGGCCUCUGCACUCUUGGCAUUGAGGUCACCUACGUGCCUUCCCCGAACGGGCAGCCCCUCUGGAUCUUGGGUGAUGUCUUCCUCAAGGAGUAUUACACCAUCUUUGACAUGGCCAGCAACUCUGUUGGCUUCGCCCUAUCGGCGUAG